AUGGAUCCUAGACAACGGCGGCGGCGGCUUGGAUUACUAUGGGCAUUACUUGUACUACCAUUCGCUUCGUCAUUCCAUUCCUUCUCGCUCCAUCCCACAGGAACCAACAAAUUAUGUAAUCAGAGAAAGUUUGGGAAUUCUGACACUGAACGUCGCAGGAGGUUAUUGGCAUCGCCGGUCACGACUACCGAGGAAACUGAAUCAUCAGAUAUCACCACCACUACCACAACAGACGCUACUACCAAAAUCAAUUACCCAGAUAAGCACUUUCGCCCCACCAAUCAUGGUGAAGUCAGCUUUGUGACCAUGAACGUAUUGGCCCCCACAUACAAUUCCCUUGCAAUUGACAAUUGGGACGAACGCAUGGAAUUCUUGAAAAAGGAUCGAGUGGAACGGCUUCCACUGGCGAUACAAAUGGCCAAGCAACACAAUGGUGACAUAUUAUGUAUGCAAGAAGUCGAGGGUGGGACGGAUGAACUAGAAGCACAAUUGAAGGAACUUUUGUCGUCACCUGUCACUGCACCUGACGGAUCCCAACUGCCAGGAUACGACAAAUUCCUUUGGUCAUCUCUCUUGCCGAAUAGAGCUGAAAAUGUAGUCGGCAAUUGUAUUGCUUGGAGGUCCGAUCGUCACAAAAUGGUCACUGUGGAAUGCUUCAAGCGUGGCAUGGCAUGCCAGUUUCAAGAGAUUUUUUCUUCGGAUGACAGUGAGGAGGAGGAGGAAGAAGGCGGCACUUUUGCCGUAGCCAAUGUGCACCUGCCAGCCAAGCCUUCCAACAUUAUGGGACGGCUCUCGUCAAUGUCUAAUACCAUUCGAAAGUUGUCAAAACUCGAUACCAAGACCCGUAGAUCGCCUCUCGAUGGACUUUUGAUUGUGGCUGGUGACUUCAAUUGCGAUCACAACAGCGUGACUGCCAAGUUGCUGACGACGGGAUCCUCGCCAUAUGGCAACUUGAAAGAUCGGAACUACAAGACAAAUGUCUCCAAGGUCGCAGCAUUCAAGAUGAAACAUGACUAUCGGUUCAAGGAUGUCUAUGAUGGGCACCGGGACGAGGCCGCGCCCGUGACUGUUUCCUUGCAUGGUCGAGGGCCAGGAUGCAUGGACCACUUGUUUUAUGCACAGAAUACAUCAUCCCGAAAGAAAGACCCACCCACGCCUAGCAUUAUUAAACCGGUUAAGGCUGUAUCCACUGGAAAACCUGAUCGAUCGAGUUUUGGAAAGCGCAAAAUCCGACGACAACGAUUGGCCAAGAUGCAAGCGAGACAAAUACUCCAAAGCAAGGCACCGACCGCCAUGCGAAUUGACACGAUUCUGGCCACAGUUUCAGGUCCCGAGGAUACGGAGCGAAUGGAAAUUAUCAACAGUGGGCUGCCGAAUAUCGACGAGGGAUUUCCAUCGGAUCAUAUUCCCAUUGGAGCUCUAUUCGUCCCGAAUGGAAACUUUGCCGAGAAAGUCCUCACAAAGAGUGACAAAGACAGCAACGCCAAAAGUAGUACGCCGGUCCAAGUUGAUGAUAGCGACAGUGAAAGUCACGAAUCCUCAGAUUUCCUGGGUGGAACAAAAGGAGGAGUAUCCAACAGUGUGCUGAAACGGCGAGAGGCGGGUGCUGCCUCGGUUUCCGUAAAACGACGGCACAAUGCCAUUUUGGGCGCCGUUACAGAUUGGCUCACCAAACGGGGUGCCCAAGAGAUUCAUCGGGAUCAACCACUGUACAAAACCAAGUUUACCCAGGGAGUCAAGAAACUCAAGAAAAAGUCACGAGCGCCGGAUUUGAUUUGUGUCUUGCAAGACUCUUUGGUGGUGGUGGAAGUGACCAUUUCGGGAAAACCGUAUUCGACAAGGCUGUCCAAACUUUCCAAAUACGACGAUUUGCAAGGCAUUCUGAGGUCGGCACCAGAAGUCAAGGCUGCUGGACUGAAGGUAUACCCGCCCUUUGUCAUUCUUUUGGAUGACGAGGGUGGUAUUCCAGAAGAGACGAGGCAAGAUAUUGAAGAGUUGGCAAAAUUGUCAAUGGUGGGAGAUAGUAGUGAUGAUGAAGGAGCUGCUGAAAUGGAAGCUCAACAAUUUUGCAAUCAGUUACAGGGGAUCAUAGAUACUUUGGUAUAG